UACUAAAUGUUUCUGAAUAGAAUUCAAUAAAAAUGGAAAAUACAAAAGUAGAGAAAAGGAUAAGAGAAGCUAUACUCCUGUAAGGCUGGAAUGAAAAGAAUACACCAAGUGACUGAAAGUGGAAGAGGUGUGGCCCUACGCAAAAGAGACUAUCUGCUUUCUCCCUUCCAUCCUGAAUUCAGCAAGUUAAGAGAGAGGUGAGGUGAGGUCAGUACUUACCAGAGAGGAAAUAGCUGGCCUUGGCUGAGAGAUUUUGAUCAAAAGCAAUGCAGCAGGUGCUUUGAGAGUCAGACAAUGAUGUUGCUAUUGCUCCCGUACUUCACAGUCCAAGGCAGGCAGAAAAGAGGGACUCUUUUCAGCUAGAAAAUGCUCAUCCCUUCUCAGAACAUGUCAACUGUGAAGAAAGAGACUGUGAUACAGCCUCAGAGAGAAGGGCGACUCUGGAUGGUGAUGGGGCAGCUCUGACUGAGGACAAGACCAAUAGUGACUGAGGAUCUAGUCCGUCAGCAAUCAUAGUGCAGCAUCCAGAAUGGAUGUCCUCCUUGUAGCCAUCCUUGCUGUGCCACUCAUCCUGGGACAAAUAUAUGAGGAUGAAGAAGGACUGGAAGAGGAUUAUUAUUAUCAAGUAAUCUAUAAUUACACAGUCACCCCCACUUAUGAUCCAGAUUAUUUUGGUGCAAAUUUCACUGUUGAUUACUCCAUGUUUGAGUUAGAGGACAGACUGAACAGGCUGGAUAAGGAGGUAACGGAAGCAGAGGAGACAACCAUUAUUCAUGAAACAGAACGUGUAGACCAUCAGAGGCCUGUAACAGUGAAAUCAGUGACAGUGGAACCAGUGACAAUGGAACCAGUGACAAUGGAACCAGUGCCAAUGAAACCAGUGACAAUGGAACCAGUGACAAUGAAACCACAGAGUCCAGAUAGGAACCACGCUGUAUCCAGUCUGCAGAGUCCUGUUUCCCUUCUCCUGUCCUGGGCCCUCCUUCAGGAGUGGAUGUAUUUCAUGUAGAAGGAUGAGAAUGCUGUUAUGACUCUUUGGAUGGGGAUUUGGGAAGAGGAAGUUGGAAAAUAAAAUAAAUAAAUGAAAUAAUC